GGCAAUUGUUACCCUAAGUUAAUAAGGAUGUUUGAACAGCAAUUGAAAUAUUCGUACACCAAACCACCAACCCAGGUAAAAUCCUGUGCAGCAGCUCAAAAUUCGAGCUAUGGAAAGUGCCGUAAGGAUUUUUCCCACUUAACUGGGCAGCGCAACGUUUUUGCAUCCAAAAUCCAGCCGAUACAGCCGGCCAACAAAUUGGACAAAACUCAACAAAUAUACCAAAUCCGUGGUCCACCCUACAUAAGCCAUUUCGCAGAAAUUGCAGAGCUAUCAUCUGUAAAGGAGUGGUCGUCGCUAUCAACCCUAUUAGGCGCCAACCAAUUUUCUCGAAUGAUGAAUGAUCUCAUCCCGAUCGGGGGCCUGACCCACCACCGGACUACGCCCAUGAAACUGAGCAGCAACCAAGCUCACUGCCUUUCACUAGAAGGUCUACAGAAAAUUCCUGAGAACGUCCCUCAAUUGCAGCGGUACGUCGAUCACCGACGAACUAAGGAAGCACUGUCCGAGGAAGCCCAUUUUAUGAGAAUCACAUAACCUUCAUAACGAAGUACCCUCCCUGAUACUGAGUCAGAAGAUAUCUCCGUACAAAUAGCUGCCGAAAAGCUUAGCGAUCAUUGCAGUUACAUC